GAGUCCUCUCUCGCCCGCAGAAGAUGAGGUGAUGAAGCUGCGGGAGGCGGCGGACCAGCAGAGCGAGGCCAUGAAGAGUCUGAAGGCGGAGGUGGAGCGCAUGAGGCAGCAGCUGGCGGAGGACAACGAGAAGUAUCGGGUGUGCUUGGAUGAGGUUGGACGGGGUCUGGCGGCUCUGACCACCUCAAGCCCCGACCAGAAAACUCAGCCCGUCAAAGGAGCGUCCGAUAAGGCCAGCAAAGACUUGAAGGUUCUGGAGCAUCCCGACAGUGGGCUUCCGCGUGCGCCUUCUUCGACCCCUGCCGCCGACAGCGAGAAGAAGGGUAGAGACGCCUCGCGCGGAACUGCCGACAGGGAAAGGGAGGGAGUGGAGAGGGAACCCGAAGCAACGGGUAUCGUAAAAACAGCCGAGGAAACUUCGAAAGAGGAAAAAGAAGAGACAAAACGAGGUGAUAAAGAGGAAGAUCUAGUUAAAGACACAAAAGCCGGAAAUGCCGGAGUGGAGGAGGGGACUGGCAACGCCAACGGUGGGGAGGACGACAAGAAGGGAGAAGAGGACGUAGAAGAGGGAAAGAACGAGGCCAAAGGCGGAGAUGACGACAAGAAAGACGACGACGCGGAAGAGGAAAACGACAGCGCCAAAAGGGGAGACGAUGACACGAAAGAUGGAGACGGCGACGCUAAUGACGGAGAUGACGCUACGGGAGGGGACAACGAGCCAGACGAAGAUGGCAGCGACGCGCAGGGAAACGCCGACGGCGAAAUGGAAGGCGCCGACGAAGGAAAGGGGGAACCCGACGACAGCCGUGGGAGCGCCGACGGCACGGAGGGGGAAGCAGAGACCAAAGAGGACGCAGGAACGGGCGAAAGGAAGGAGGAGGACAGUUCAGAGGCCAAGCAAGAAGAACCCUGCGAAGACGAGGACUGUGAAAGAUGCGUGAACUGGACGAUGAUAAUGGACUCCCUCGAGGACGCGAUACAGGGCCUUCAGCUGGACAUCAACAAGCAAGCGGCCCGCAUUGACAGGCUAUCGGCGAGGGAGAGGGCCCAGUGCGACAACUGCGUCAUGCAGCACCUGGUCCUCGGCGCUGUCUACAACAGGCUCGACAACGUUGACAAGUACUCUCACAUGUUGGACAACAGGAUACAGUCGCUCUCCCACAGACUGCUGAGCUGUUAGACAUUAUGAGAACAACGGGCAAGGAGAGGGACGUCCUACGCCAGGAAGUCACGUUCCUUCGUAGGAUAGUGUCGACAUCUUCGGAUCCUACAGCUGCUCUAGUCAUGCCGCCCCUCGAACUCCUGUCUCCUUCUCCUAUUCCUCCUGCCGCGGAUGCCGAAGAAAUGCUGGACACGGGGAGAGAAGGAAGAAAUCAGGAAGAGUUAGAAGUCGGGAUGAGUGCCGCAGUACUGGCAAACGAUUCUGUGUUUAGAGACGUGACGGUGGCUCCGGGUGUUACGCUACUCCAGCUGUACAAUGAGACGUGAAGCGAUUUCAGCUGUUUUAGUGAAUGCUGCGAUAAUCCGAAGGGUUCUCAUGAAACGACAGGAUAUCUCAGUUGCUCGAGUCAAGUUCAAGUUAACUCCAGCUAUCAAUAAAAACAAACAAAAAAGAAAUAUUGUUCUACCGGUGAAAAUGAGAUAGCACUCACCUAACAAAGACUCGAACCUUGCUAAUGAGUGCUGAGAUUGGCGGAAUUUCUGCUGCACUCUGAUCGCUCCUGGGAAGUGAUGAACCACCAGCUGUAGGAGAGAUGUUCAGUAUGUUAUUGUGUGUUCUUCCACAUGGACCAAUUGAUGUUAAUAAGUAGUUGGUUGUAGACGUUUUUACCCACUUGUGCCAACGGUAAUCCAACUUUUUUUCUAAUGUUCGUUAAAGUCCUCCCAAGCAUAUCAGAAGGUGUUAACGAAAAAUACACAGUUAUUCUCUGUAAUUGAAAGUAACGAAAAUAAAUUGGUAUAAAAU